AUGUUGUCCCCUGAUAUCAGCCAGAUCAACGUGGUAGCUAUUCUUGGAUCUUCAAUUCUUGUUUACUGCAUCUUGGGCGUUGUUUAUCGUCUCUACUUCCACCCGUUAUCCAAAUUCCCGGGCCCUAAAUUGCCUGCAGCAACUCAAUGGUCGGAGUUUUAUUAUGAAUGCCUACAAUCGGGUCAAUAUUUCAUCAAGAUUGCACAAUGGCACGAACAUUAUGGUCCAAUUAUUAGAAUCGGACCAAGUGAGCUUCAUAUCGAUGACCCGGACUACUACAAUACUCUAUUCUCGUAUGGUGGUGUGAGGAACAAAGAUCCUUUCUACACAGCACAGUUCAAUACGCCAGAUACUGGAUUUGGCUCUGUGGAUCACUAUGUUCAUCGAAUGAGAAGGUCUGCCCUUAACCCAUUCUUCUCCAAAGCUUCGAUCGAUCGUCUAUCCCCCAUGUUAAUCGCUAUGAAAAUCCGCACACAAAUCAAAGAGAUCCUCUCUGGUUCCAUCCUCCCAGUCGACGCCCCAAUCGACGGUUUUCCACGUACUAUAUUCCAUAAUUUCCUCUACUCUUCUUUACCAGAAAGUGAAAAGAGAUUCGAAAACAUGAGUCAAGAGGCUAUUAAUAUUAUAAACGCGGUUGAGGGAUGA